UGCUGCCCCAUUUCGUCCUGGUUUGGCAAGCUGGUCUACUUCUAAGGGUUUGCACUGUGAAAAAAAAUACAGAGGAAGGCUGGAGAAAAGAUGGCUACAACUUCAAAGAUCGUAGCAAAGCUGAAUCUAAAGCCCCACCCGGAAGGUGGAUUUUACUCUGAAACCAUGAGGGACACUUCCAUCAUUCUCUCCAAGUCUCAACUUCCCUCUCGUUACAAGGUUGAUCGGCCUAUCAGUACCUGCAUAUACUUCUUGCUGCCUUCAGGCAGUGUGUCUCACCUUCACAGAAUUCCAUGUGCAGAAACUUGGCACUUUUACGUUGGGGAGCCUCUUUCAGUGUUGGAAUUAAAUGACGAGGAUGGCAGUAUCAAGCUGACCUGCAUUGGUCCUGAUCCAGUUGCUGAUAAUCAACGAGUGCAGUACACGGUUCCUCCAAAUGUCUGGUUUGGUUCGUUCCCAACCAAGGACAUUAGGAUUUCAAAUGACAUGAAGGCAGUUAAAAAUCCAGCUAGGGAUUUCGAGAACCACUUUUCUCUUGUAGGAUGCACCUGCGCUCCAGCAUUUCAGUUUGAGGAUUUUGAGCUGGCAAAACGUUCUGAGCUCGUUUCACGUUUUCCAGACUACGAGUCCAUAAUUUCUUUGCUCACUUUCCCUGACUGAGUCGUAUAUGUUUGUUCUGAAAGUUUGUGGCUCUCGCCUUUAUGCUUCUCAUGCAAAUAAUCCUUGUGGAGCUUAAUUACAAGAAAACAGACUGAAUAAAUUGUGGCACGACUGUUUCAGCAACUACCAUACAAGUCAUCAGUAUUUUUUUUUCCAUUGAUUGUAUAGAGCUACUGGCUCGUUUUUGUGUAUUUUGUAGACAAAAAUGAAUGAAAUGCAACCACAUUUACAUCAUGAAGCGAUUAAAUUUGAGUUUCCAGGCUCUUUUCCA